AUGUCCGUCUCGAGUGGCAACUCCGAGCCAGCCAUACGCUUCGCAACCGAAGAAGAUGUGCCUUUGAUCCUCUCGUUAAUCCACGAACUCGCCGCCUACGAGAAAGCAUCCUCCUCCGUCCUCGCUACCGAGGCGUCUCUCCUCAAAACCCUCUCCUUCCCCUCAAACCCUUCCUCGGGCUACGCCAAAACCCUGGUUCUCUUCGCCCCCGACCCUCCCUCAACGGCUUCCCAUCUUCCCUCCCCACAAUGCGCGGGCAUGGCCCUCUACUUUACCAACUAUUCCACCUGGCGUGGCGCUCCUGGCAUCUAUCUAGAAGAUCUGUUCGUGAGGCCUGAAUAUAGAGGGAGGGGCUAUGGGAAGAGGCUGUUGCAGGAGCUGGCGAAGGAAACGAAAAAUAUUGGAGGGGAAAGGUUGGAGUGGAGUGUGCUGAAGUGGAAUGAGCCAAGUAUAAAAUUCUAUAAGAGUAUUGGGGCUCAGCAGAUGGAUGGAUGGGUAGGGAUGCGCGUUGAUGAUGAGGCGUUGGAUAAAAUGGCAGGGAGCACAGACGGUGGAGGCCUCAAGAGGACGAAAAGAGGAUAUUGGAACUGGUGA